CCUCUAUCAACCACGAAGAGGGUAUCUACGCCUAGUAUCUUGUCUGCAACCAGUAUGGUACUGUACAUAAGAGUACAUGAACUGCACACGCAACCUGCACGCAGUACAUGCCUAGGCUCGCCAUAUGCGCAAUCGUCCGGUGCGAAAGGAGAAAGCCAUGUCAUUUCUCCGCAUGCAAAAUAACGCAUGUGUAUUCGUACAUACAUGAUCUCCACAAGUCGGUCCAGAUCGGGUUUCAUGCCUGAAGCUUUCUUAUUGUUUCGUUCUCGACUCUGUACGGAGUACACGGGCCCGAUAUCCCUUUUCCCGCCCGCGAUUCGAAAUCUUCCACUUGGUUUCCUCCCUCGCGCCGCCCGUGAAGAACCCAUUGAUUUAAAAGAUACCCUGUUCUGCGGAGCCGAAUCAGAACUUCGGACAAAAUAUGUACAGAGUACCGUACAGUACAUAUGUCAGAUUCAAUGGAAUCGCUUAAACGGUGCGCAACGCAGGUUCAGAGGAGAGCUGAGAAAGUACGAAAAGUAGCUUCGGGCUGACGACAGUGUUCCUUCUUUUGCCUUUUACCAUUGACACCAAGUGGAGAAGAACAGAGACCGUUUCGCUGGCGUCGUGGAGCUGUUGCGGGAUCGAACUUGGCAACACCCGCCAGAUCCACUUAUGAAAUGUUCCACUUCAACUCGUCACGAUUGCACCAACCACCGAUUCGGAACUAAGCAGAUCCUCUGCUCGGCACGGUCAGAAUGCCAACAGCUCCAGGGUCUAUCACGGUUUUUCAAAACGCUUGCCUCGCUAAUGCAACAAUAUUCAACAACCAUGAUGUAUUUUCAGCUGAUAGGGUACAUAUAAUCUUCGGACGAAGUUGAAGGUCUUUGCUUGUUCAGUUAGAGUUCGUUGGGUACAUCGAAAGUCAUCAGCCAUGUACGUGUGCAGUACUCCGUACACGGUAUCGCCCAACAUACCGAAAGCUACCUGCGAAAACGGCAAGUUAUGAAUCGGAUGUGCUAAAUGCAGUGGAUAUGGAACUUCAAGUUCCGCACCAUCUGCGUUUAGCGCCCUGUUCAAAGCUGGUAAAUGUCAAAAUGCUCCUAUUCUCAUUAAGGCUCACUCCGCGCGAACGGACGCAAUGGUGCCACGACCGUCCUGUCCCGCCAUGAUGAGGAAUGUCUGAAUAUGGAUCCCGUCAGGAGGCAGUUUGUGGCUUGAGAUGACGUUGAAUUCUCUAGAAAGAUUCUCUAAAGAGCUAGACGCGCUAAAAUCGCUGCAGAUUAUUAAUUACUCGUGCCAAAAACCUCAUGCGCCGCUUAAGAGCUAGUUUUGUACAGUCCAAUGUACUCCGUAUAUUCUAUUGAGAUAUAAAAAUACAAUUUGUUGUCAAAAUAAUUCAUAGAAGAGUAAAAGCUCCCCUCAACCAAUCGAUAUCUCCGUACUCCGUAGAAACGAUUUUGUCCAUGACAAGAACGCACAUACCAAGAUCAUUGGAGUGAUAGAUCUUCCGACCCCCCGCCCCCCCCCCCC